AUGAAGAAAGUCGUGGUGAAAUUAGAGUUCGCUGACGAGAAAUUUAAUAAAAAGGCCAUGAAAACGGUCUCCGGUCUCUCAGGUGUACAGUCCAUUACAAUUGACACGAAUGUCAAAAGGUUGACCGUUACUGGAGACGUUGACCCAGUGGAUGUCGUAGAAAAGUUGAGGAAACUUUGCCACACAGAAUUAGAGUCUGUUGGGCAAGCAAAAGAGCCCGAGAAAGAAAAAGAGAAGCCCAAAACUGAAGAUGAAAAGAACAAAGGCGGCCCAAAAGUGGAUCCGGCCCAAUUUCUGAAGGCUUAUCAAGCAUACUAUCAACCCCCGCCACAAUACUAUCGUCAGUAUCAGUCGUACUAUAAAAGUGUCGAGGAGGAUCCAAAUGCUUGCGUCAUUUGUUGA